AUGCAUGCUAGUCAGAAAUUUCAAGGUGCCAAACCACCUCGCAUUCCUACUCGAUCGGCUCUUGUUCAACAACCAACACAAAUUGCACCAGUUAAACGAUUAGCAAGUAAUACACCAGUAACGAAAACAAGAGCUUCAAGUAUGGUUAAAUCUCAAUCUGCAUAUAAUAUUCCAAGAGCAUCUACUGUAACGGCUACUGCUCCACUUGUUUCACAAAUGAAAAAAUCAAUUAGCGAACAAGAUCUUGUUAAUGUUGUAUCUCGAACUCAAAAAUCUCGAUUUGGAUUUGUUAAAAAACCCGGUGAAUUAGCUGCUGUUCGAGAAGAUGCUCAAUAUAUAUCACCAGCAAAACCUACUGCUCCAUCACGUGUUAGUGGUGCUUGGAAGAAAAAUGGUGAAGAUUUAGCUGAUGAACGUGAUCGACGUGAACUUAUUCUUGCUCAAAAUGAACUUUUACAAAUAGUUUUUACUAAUCAAUUAUUCAAUGAAAUAGUUCAAUCAAAUCGACAGCAACAAACUGCUCGCUUCGGUAAAUUACAUCGUGCUGCUUAUCGAAUAAUAAAUGAUAUUAAUACUUUACAAGAGACACGAAAAAAAGCUGUUGUAGAUAAAAUCGUUGGAAAUAUUAUUAAAAAUUUAGGAGAUACAUUAAGUAAAAUUGUUCGUUUAUUUAAUGAUUAUGAUCAAAAACAACAAACACUUGAUAUAUGUCUUUCAAAUAAGCUCGAUCGUCUUAAUAUUCAAUGUCUAACAAAUGAUAUUACAGAUGAAAAUAAAGAAAAUUGGAAUCGUAUAUGUGAACAAUUAAUUGAAUUAAUUGAAUCAAAUGAUUUAGCACAAAUGAAUACAAUGGAUUUAGAAACUUAUUCGAAAUUAAUUCUUGAACUUGAUUCAACUAUAAAUUCAUUUAAACAAACAAUUUCAAAUCAUAAACAUGUGGUAGCCGCAAGUGAAAAAGCUAUGUUAGAAGUAUCUGUUCGGCUUAUUGAUCAAUAUAACAAUAACAAAAAAUAA